AUGCGCGCCCCGAACUGCUCCGUGCACGGCGAUGACGCGGUGGCGGUGGCCGUGGGCUCGCUGCUGCUGCUGGAGAGCGGGCUGGGGCUGCUGGCCAACGCCGUGGCGCUCUGGGCGCUGCUCUUCCGCCUGAAGGCGUGGAAGCCCUACGCCGUCUACCUGUUCCACCUGGCCGUGGCCGACCUGCUGCUGACCGUCUGCCUGCCCUUCCGCGCGGCCUUCUUCCUGCGCCGCAAGGCCUGGAGCCCUGGGCUCGCGCCCUGCCGCGCCCUGCUCUUCCUGUGGGGCCUCAGCCGCGGGGUGGGUGUCGCCUUCCUCACCUCGGUGGCCCUAGACCGCUACUUCCGAGUGGUCCACCCUCGGCUCAAGGUCAACCUCCUGACCCCCCGGGGGGCCCAGGUGAUCUCGGGCCUCGUCUGGCUCCUGGCGGGCGCCCUCAGCCACCAAAGCUUCCUCGUCUCCGAGGCCGAGUGUCCCCGUUCCGACCCCGGGGAGGGCGUCUCCUUCAGGCUGUCCUGGCAGGAGGCACUGUCCUUCCUGCGGUUCAUUCUCCCCUUCGGCCUCAUCCUGUUCUGCAGCGCCAGCAUCAUCAGAACUCUGCGCAAGAGGCUCCGAGACCCCGACAAACAGCCCAAGCUGCAGCGGGCCCGGGCGCUGGUGGCCGCGGUGGCGGUGCUGUUCGCCCUGUGCUUCCUGCCCAAUUUCCUGGCCCAAGUGUCGAUGGCCGUCUUCCUGGGGACGGACAGCUGCAGGGUCCAGAGAGCACUGGCGCACGCGGCCGACGUGACCAGCAGCCUCACGGGCCUGCAGAGCGUGCUGAACCCCGUGGUCUACUGCUUCUCCAGCCCCGCGUUCCGGCACUCGUACCGAAAGGUCUUCUACACCCUCCGGGGCCGGGGGCCGGGAGCCCCGGCUCCGGCCUGUGACUCCCGGGACUCCUACUCCUGA